AUCCACUUGAAUUCAAAGGGAAACCAACUUUUUACUUUAUUUUCAUUUCACUCCAAAACAAAACAAAAAAUCUUUGCAACUAGUAUUAUAUAAUUUUAUAAUUAACUAUAGAAACAAAAAGUCACCAAAUUGAACUCCAAUUUCAUUCAAAGUUCAACUUCAUAUCAUAUAAAAAAUAUGAUCUCAAAAGUAGUUGGCCAACGGUUAACUUCCCUCCAAACCAAACCUUAUGAUUCACUUUGAAUCAAAGCAAAGUUUCAUAAAAUAAGUUGAUUCUUUGUCAACUUCUGAGUCACAAACUUCACCUUAUCUGACAAAUCCUUAACACCCUUUAUCCUCUUUCUAUAAAAACUUCAUCUUUUUCAUCCUGCACAGUAUGUGUUUGAUGAAAGGUUUGUUUUUAUAAUUAGUUUGAAAAGGUUGUAAGCUUAGUUUGAAAGAUACCCUUUUGUUCAUGAAUUGUAAAGUUUAAAGCUUUGAUAUAAUUUCAUAAGAGAAAAAAAAAAUCAAUGAAUUCUAGGUGUUUGUUGAAUUCCAACAGCAUAGUUCAAUCUUCUUCAAGUUAUGCAGAAAGAGCAGAUAGAGAUGGUAGUUCUAGAAAUAGGCCUCAACUUGUCUCGUCACCGCCUUCGUUUUCGGUUAGGAUGGCGAUGAGAAUAUCUAGAUCAAGAUGGUUUACCUUGUUAAGAAGAGUUUUUCAUUACCAAAAUGGAUCAAGGUCUAAUCUUGGCUCUAAUCCUUUCAAUUCGAGUACUUGGUUGAUGUUGGAGUUUAUUGUUUUGUUCGUACAAAUAAUCAUUUCUACAUUCACUUUGGCUAUUUCAAUGAGGGAGAAACCUGUUUGGCCUAUGAGGGUAUGGAUAUCUGGUUAUGAUAUUGGAUGUGUUCUUAAUCUGCUUAUGGUUUAUGGCCGGUAUCGACAAAUUUAUCUUAUUCAAGGAGAUACUCUUAGUCUUUCUGAUAUGGAACAGCAGAGAAACAAUGAAGAAACAAGGAUGCCACACUUGAUGAACAAAUGCAGGACAUCACUGGAGUUUUUCUUUGCCAUAUGGUUUGUGAUGGGAAAUGUUUGGUUUUUUGACUCACGUUUUGGUUCAUUUCAACAAGCUCCAAAACUUCAUGUCCUCUGCAUCACAUUGCUUACUUGGAAUGCAAUCUGCUACUCUUUCCCUUUCCUACUUUUUCUUCUGUUAUGCUGUUGUGUACCACUGAUCAGCACCCUCCUUGGUUACAACAUGAACAUGGCCUCUUCUAAUAAAGGUGCGACUGAUGAACAAAUUUCGCAACUUCCAAGUUGGAUACAUAAAGAACCUCAUACCAAGUUAGAGCCUGCCGAUGACUCUGAAAGCAUUGAAAAUUUUAUCAAUGAAGACCCGGAAUGUUGCAUUUGCUUAGCAAAAUACAAAGACAAAGAAGAACUUAGGCAAUUGCCAUGUUCUCAUGUGUUCCACCUAAAAUGUGUGGACCAGUGGCUGAAAAUUUUAUCUUGCUGUCCACUCUGCAAACAAGGUUUAGAGAGGUAGAAGAAGUAGCUGAGACAACAUUCAUACUCAUAUGUAUACUCUUGAUAUUGUUCAAAGUUAUUUUUUCGUUUUAAAUUUUGGUCUAAUAUACUUUACACAGUUACUUGAGUGAGUUUGUAUAUGUACAGAAUAGACCUCACCAGUAACCAAAACUACAUUGCAUACUAGGAGAUUCUAAGUAGUGGAUAACUUUUCAAAUUAGGAGAUUGCCUAAGCAUUAUUUUUUUCACUGUAUUUGAAUAUUGUGAGAUAAGAUCUUUGUAUUGAAAAAUGAUGUAAAUAUUAUAUUUGUUACCUAAGUAAUAAAUUUGUACUAUUUGGUACUCUUUUGGUUUGA